AUGUUUUCGAAUUUUUUGGAAAGCUUAUACGAGGGGAUCGGAGACGAUGACGCCGACGACGACGACAACCGCCACACCCCGAAACCUUCAACGGAAAGACAAAAUUCUGAGAGAAACGCGGAUCGUUUGUCUUCGAUGUCACCGGAAGAGGAGGCUCAAGCGCGUGGGGUUAAAGAUGACCUGACGGAAUUCGGCCAUAGCCUCAGCCGUCAAUUUCGGGGCGUGGCUAACUUUCUCGCUCCACUAACGGAUGGAUCUCCCUCCGAUCUGUCGAAUCCGAGAUUGAAGCGAUCGCAGUCUUCAGAUCCCGGUUUGAAUCAAACGCGGUCUUCGGAUCCCAGGCUCAAUCAAUCGCGGUCUUCGAAUCCCAGACACAAUCAAUCGCGCUCUGAAUCGUUUGCCGGAAGUGAUACGCCGGAGACCGGAAUUAGUUUUAGGAGCUGGAAUUCGGAUUCCGUGGCUUCGGGAGAGAAAGGGGUAGAAAAUGUGUCCAAUGAUGUGGAGGAGGAGGGAGAAGAAGAAGAAGAAGAAGAGGAAACGGAUGAAGAGGAAGAAAUCGAUGCGGUAGCUCUUACGGACGAAGUGCUUGCGUUUGCGAGGAACAUAGCAAUGCAUCCAGAAACUUGGUUGGAUUUUCCUCUCGAUCCGGACGAAGAUCUUGAUGAUUUGGAAAUGUCUGAUGCUCAAAGAGGCCAUGCUUUAGCUAUAGAACGUCUUGCUCCGAGGUUAGGUGCACUGAGAAUAGAGCUUUGUCCAUGCCAUAUGACUGUUGGUUACUUCUGGAAAGUCUAUUUUGUUCUUCUCCAUUCAAGGCUCAAUAAACACGAUGCUCAGCUUUUGUCUUCGCCACAGGUGAUGGAAGCAAGAGCAUUGUGGAUGAAGGAGCUUCAUAAUCAAAACCAUCCCUCAAAAGAAGGUAGAGAUAUUCUCGAGGAUGACAUUACAACACCGUCAACUUCAAAGUACUUUCACCAUGCUCCUCCUGAGUUUCUUUCUCCGAGAAUAUAUGCCUUUGAACCUCCUUCAAUCAUUUAUCGCGAUUUUGAAACGGAAAAUCGUGUGUCUGAUAACACGCACUUCAUCGAUAAAGCUGUUAUUGAGGAAAAAACAAUCCAGAAGAAUGACACAAAGAGUGCAAGCCUUAGCCAAAUUCCUAAAGAAGAUGAUGAUGAUGAUUGGCCAGAGGAAGAAGAUUCUGCUAAUUCGUGGUCGCCAAUGUUCACAGUGAAUGAGGAUGAUGUUUCUUUCAGUGAUCUCGAAGGAGACGAUGAUAUAAGUAGCUUAGCACUCAAGUCUAAGAUUACAUCAAAGGGCACAGACAAAAAAGGAACAUGA